AUGGUGGUUGAGCACAUGUUAGUAGGGAUUUUAUUCCUGCUAAAUGAUGCUGAUUUGGCAAAUUUGGUUCAUUCUGAAGAAGAGAAUGCAGAUAAAAGUCCCUUUGAAGGUCCAAAUUAUCAUAUUGCCCCACGAUGGGUUUACAACCUCACAACACUCUGGAUGUUGUUUGUAGUUGUUGCCUCUUGCUUCACAAAUGGCUUAGUCCUUGCAGCUACAUGGAAAUACAAGAAGUUACGACACCCCUUGAAUUGGAUUCUGGUCAACUUAGCCAUAGCAGACUUAGGAGAGACUCUGUUUGCAAGUAGUGUCAGUGUUGUGAAUCAGAUAUUUGGCUAUUUCAUCCUAGGACAUCCACUGUGCAAGUUUGAAGGAUUCACUGUUGCUACAUGUGGUAUUACUGGACUAUGGUCGCUGACAGUUAUUGCUUGGGAACGAUGGGUUGUGGUCUGUAAACCUUUCGGCAAUGUGAAGUUUGAUGGGAAAUGGGCCGCUGGUGGCAUAAUUUUUUCCUGGGGCUGGUCGAUUUUGUGGUGUGCAAUGCCUCUUUUUGGCUGGUGCAGAUACUGGCCUCAUGGACUAAAGACUUCUUGUGGUCCUGAUGUGUUUAGUGGAGAAGAUGCGAAUGGAACACAAUCGUUCAUGAUAGCACUAAUGAUCACAUGCUGUAUAAUACCUCUUGGCAUAAUUAUCCUUUGUUAUAUCCAAGUGUGGUUGGCUAUUAGAACAGUAGCUAAACAACAAAAGGAGUCUGAGUCUACACAAAAAGCUGAAAAGGAAGUGUCCCGUAUGGUGGUGGUUAUGAUCUUUGCUUACUGUUUCUGCUGGGGACCUUACACAUUAAUGGCCUGUUUUGGUGCUGCUUAUCCUCGGUAUGCAUUCCACCCACUGGCUGCAGCCUUGCCUGCCUACUUUGCCAAGAGUGCCACCAUCUACAACCCCAUUAUCUAUGUCUUCAUGAAUAGACAGUUCCGGAACUGCAUAUAUCAGAUGCUUGGCAAAAAGGUGGAAGAUGCAUCUGAGCUGUCCUCUACAUCAAAAACAGAAGUCUCAUCUGUCUCAAAUUCUUCAGUUUCUCCUGCAUAA